AUGUCUAACGUGAGGGCAGAGAUCCUGGCGGCCAGUCGUUCGCGCACCGGAUGGCAGGACUUGAAGCCAUUGCCGGUAGACAAGCGACCGAUGAUUGACUCUUUGCGGCUCACCUUUGAAGACAAGACCAAUGGCAUGGAGACCAGGAAAGAGACAAUGAAUACGUCGAUGACGUCCACCAACGCCGCCAUCACUGACUCGAAAAGUGGCCGAAAGUUGGGAUCAAAAGUGAGUCAAAUCGCAAACCUCUUCCAAUCGUUGUCUCCUUCGGCCACAAAAGCCAACGUUUCCCUCAAUAACAACACCACUACUAAUAAUAACGUGAAAAACGCCAAGACUUUUGAUCACAAGUCAAACACCUCUUCAGUCAUUAGCGAUUCAAAAGUCAAAUCAAAUCAUUUAAGCCAUAAUUCAAACGCAAAUCAAAAAACUCUUCAAAACAAGACUCAAGUAUUAAGUAAUGGAAAUAAAGAGAAACUUAAAAACGGGGAUCAGAUUCAUAGAGUGAACGACGAAUCCGUCAAAAUGAAUGCAAUAAACACUUGCAAGUCUUCAGUUGUGGCAAAACCAGUGGAACCCAAGGCUAGUGUGACGCCUGUGGCCACCAAAGGGGUGAGCCCUGCAAUCAGGCGCACAGAGAGUCGGGUCUCGCGGUUUAAUAACGCGAAAGCAAUCUUUGAAAAACUUCAGACGUAUGACAAGAAGGGAGAGACCAAAGAGUCCGACACUCAGACUAACGAUGGCUUCAAUUGUGCCAAUACUUGCAACACUACUUCCCUUCAGACUAAUGAUAACCACUUAAAUGAAAGUAUCGUUGAAUCCAAUGCCACUACUAAUGACUCAAAUAAAGUCAUUCCUCCUCAGCAGCAGUCGUCGACUGAAAUAUAUAACAAUAGAAACCGAAUUAACGCCAAAACUACUUAUUCUAAUGAUCACAAUAUGUCUAAUGAUAAGCACAAGAAUGAUGAGUCUAACGAAACCAAUGGCUAUCGGAUCAAUGAUUGCAUCCGUAGACCAUUGAAUUUGUCGCGAAGUGUCGAUCAAAUAGAAGUCUGUGAGGAUUCGCCUCCUGUUCCUCUGAGACGCUACAGCUCUAUACCAUCGCAGCAAAUGGUUGCCGAUGUGGUCAGAAGUGAAGACAUGGAAAACAAACGAAAAACAUAUCCCAAUAUAAGUAGUCCUAAAACUACUGAUUCUAUCGAGAAAUUCACUUCAAAUCUAUCGGCAAAAGAAGAACUGAUUGACAAAAUAGUUUUAGAGAUUUCUGACAAUCAGAAAGAGAUAUCGACUCAAAUUGAAGCCAACUAUCAAAGUCUUCCUGAUCUGAACAGUUGCGACACAUCCGGUAUUCCCGACAUUUUGGACUUCGAUGAGUGCUUUAAUGACGUGGAAAUGAUGACCGAAGAGGAGGCACAGAAGCUAUUGAGUCGCAAGUCAUGGCAGGAUUUAUUCACCGACGAGCAGCUCCAGAGGGAAAUGGAGGGCCUGUUGUGCCCACGCAAUAGGCAAACAGAGCCAACCCGUGAACAAAACUGUGUCGAAGAUCUUAAGCACAUGAACUCAAACGGAACACUUAGUAGCGAAACACCGACCGUUCAGCUCAUCGAUAAUGUCAUCAGUAUAUCGAACGGAGAUCUCGAUGUCGACGACAUUUGUGGCGGAGAAGCAAAUGCUGAGAACGACUUGACCACCACUAAUAGUGGGACCAGUAUUAUAUUGGAUGACAUUGAGUACCAUCUCUUACCCGACGGACACUUUUAUGUCGAAACUCCUGGUCUUCCCAAUAGUGACGAAGAGACCGAAGAUUGCGUUUCAUUGCUCUUAAGUAACGUAUCGCCGCGGAAGAAGACUAGAGUCCGCUUCAGUUCUAAUCCCAUGAAAGUCUAUUCAACGCAUUCCGUCGAAGACUAUGACCGGCGUAAUGAAGACGUGGAUCCAGUGGUGGCUUCGGCUGAGUAUGAGUUAGAGAAACGAAUCGAAAGGAUGGAUGUCUUUCCCGUUGAACUGAUGAAAGGACCCGACGGUCUCGGACUUAGUAUUAUUGGUAUGGGUGUCGGCGCUGACGCCGGUAUUGAGAAAUUGGGAAUUUUCGUGAAGACAAUCACAGAAAACGGUGCCGCAGAUCGAGACGAACGUAUUCAAGUGAACGACCAGAUUAUCGAAGUUGACGGCAACUCCUUAGUCGGUGUGACUCAGGCCUACGCGGCCUCAGUAUUGCGAUCGACCAGUGGUUUGGUUCGGUUCCUGAUUGGCCGGGAGAGGGAUAACGUGAACAGUGAAAUCGCACAAUUGAUUUCACAAUCACUGCAAUCGGAACACUGCUCUGAGAAUGGAUUUGACUCUCAAAAGGAUGUGUUUCUGUCUUCAGAAUCGCCAACAAUUGAGGCCAAAGACGACGAAGAGAUGAAUUCAAAUGAAUUUGAUUCUGCUUUCGAUAAUAACUACCAAAACAGUGAAUCGAUUAACGAAACGAUUUCGUCGAAUAUAAGCGAAAGCAAACACUUCACGUCCACCGAAGAGAUGUCCGAAUUAGGAGUUCUUAGAAACAAAUUGUUUGAAUUUGAAUCAAAGAACUCGUCACUCAAUGAGGAUCUCAUAAAACUGAAACAAAAAUACGAUCAGAAAGUGAAUGAAUUGCAGAACCAAUUGGAAGACGCUUUGGUUGAGUCGAGACAAAGCGAGUGCGAAGUGAACUGUUCUCGCAAAGAGGUGGACCAAUACAAUAGGCUUAUAGAGGAUAUGAGGAAUCAAUUGACGACUUUGGAGAAGAAAUACCACAAAUCAAAGAAAAUGAUCAAAGAAUUGCAACACAAAGACCAGGGAAUGGCUGCUAAAGAGGACCUCCAACUUAACCAACAAAGAGAAUACGUAUUCAUGACUUUAAUCCAAGCCCUCAAAGACCGCAUAAUAGUAUUGGAGAGAAAGCUUCUGGAGAUCCAAAGAAAUACUGGAAUGAGUGUACAAAUGACGACUGAAAGCAGUUUACAUCACAUUAUUUCAGACCUUUUAGUCAGAACUCAAUCUGAAGAACAGUUGCUUUUACUGAAACAGCUCUCGUCGGACAUCCCAACCGAUACCAACACUAAUAACUCGAGCAUAGGAUUCAAUGAUGAAAACUUGAGUUUAAGUCAAACAGAACUACUGGACAGCAGUGCAGCCAAACAGAAGGCAGGUCUGGCCAGUAAGGGGAGUCUCGCCAAUCGACAGCCGCCUUCUAUGCGUAGACACUCGAGCACUGGCUCUGUGGAGGUGUCGAGUGAUUGUGAUUCGCCGCGAAGACAAAUCUCUUACACUAAAUGCGAGACUGAGAUUGUGGUGAAGAGCGACCCAACCAGUCCUAUGAGGGAAACGCCAACCCAUUCGGCCUCUAAUCAGCUAUAUUUGCCAAUCGCUGACAAAAUUGAUACUCAAAACAACCGGCGAGUGUCGAACACCUCUUCGAGUCCCUCGAGUUUCACGAGUUCGUCGCCAAAUCACUCGCAUCCCUAUCCCACGCAGCGUUUGUCGGCUCCGGUGUCGCCCAAUUCGGUGCACUCCUCCUCAUCGUCGACAUCACUCAACAGUCCUAUCCAUGCAAUCGACGACUACGAGAACAGCCCUAAAAACUAUCGACGCAAUCCUCACCCUAUUUACGAGUGGAAUGUCGAUGAGGUGUCCCAAUGGUUGGUCGCUCUUAAUCUCAAUUCUUAUGUCAAUAAAUUCCAAGAAAACAAGAUUUCGGGACCUUUUCUCUUACACUUAGACAGCACUCAACUGAAGAGUUUGGGCGUCUCUAACAGCACUGAUCGCUCAUUGCUUAAGAAGAAGAUCAAGGAAUUCAAAGCGGAGGUGGAAAGGGAGCGAAAAGCAUUAGAAAAGGAACAGAAAGCGAGGGAAAGGCUUAUGAAAAAAGAGGACAAAUUUCGGAAGAAGUAGUAAAGCGAUGACAGCCUCAUAUGAAAGCGGAUCUAAUUUAAAGUGUGUUUGUGAUGAGUAGUGAAGGUUUAGUUUAAUUGUGUGUAUAAUAACUAACUAUAAAUAAUUUAAUAUAAGUAUUCAAACCGAUUGGAGCUCACUCUCAGUGCU